GAAACACUCAAUUUGGCAAUGAAUCUGAAUGAAUUUGGCAUUAGUGGAAUUUAGUGCACCCGUGAGACCUGCAACUCGGUGUCUCGGCCCACGCAUUUGUCAGUCACUUAUGGUUGUCAUGCAGCUUAAUUUCCAGUGGUACUCAGGGCGGGCGAGGAAGCUGUGGUACUCAGGGCAGGCGAGGAAGCUGUGGUACUCAGGGCAGGCGAGGAAGCUGUGGUACUCAGGGCAGGUCCUGUUGUGGGUCGAAGACCUGUGCCCGGGAGGACUAUUCCCCAUAAAAACACCCCUAACCUUACCAAACUUCCUACCCUAGGGCAGGCUCUCUCCAUAUUAAACACAAAGAUGUGAGGAUGUGAAUGAGAAUAAUCUGUGAGGACUACUGACCAGCAGCUGUGCAGGAUGGAUGCUUGGACUUUAGUUGUGGAGGAAACUCCCCAUCUGGCCAUCGUUUUUCUCACAUUAAUGAUGAUACCGUUCAUAAUAAUAACGAUGAUGUCGGCCAAUGUACAAUCAAGCAAGAUUCUUAAAGGCAUCUCAGAAGAAGACCUCAUUUUCAGUAAACUUUACAAGUGUGUUCACCAAAUAGGACAGAAAACUAUGGUUGAUGUUGUACUUGCAAUGUAUUCUUCCCCUUUAGCGACGUCUGAAGGAGGAACAAUGCUCUUGCGGAAUUAUCUGGAGAAUAUAUUGCAUUGGAGUGAACAACAAAUUGAGAAAAUGGAAGAGAGGUUUCUUGAUGUAAACCUAAUGACACAGGAAUUUGAUAUAUCAUUUGCUUUUAGAAUGAUAAAUGAAGUACUGCCUGAUAUUUUCAGUCAUCUCAGUGAUGAUUGUAAAGAUAAAAUCAACUACCUUCGGAUUCUGAGGAAUAAGAUAAGCCAUAAGUAUGGUUCUGCUAAUUUAGAUAUAAGGAAUGAAAUUGAUGACCUCAAACUUGUCCUCCAGAAUAUUUACGAAGGUGUUGGUCAGGCUUUGGGAAUAGACUUCGCAAACAAUAUUGCAGCAAUGCAAAAAUCUCUUCUUGACAUCUGUAAUGCUAAGUUUCGUAGAGAUGACAGAAAACGUUACCUAGAGGACAUACAAGAAUUUAAAAAGAACAAGAAGCACAAGAUGAUUGUCUAUGGCUGUAAAGAACUUGUGACACAUUACCAGAGAUUUCGUGUUCUCAAUCCUUGUAUUUGGCUCACUGACCCCACAUUAUCAGUCCAGAAGUAUAACAUUGAUAAGAUUUUCACACCCCUUAAAAUUGAAGAUUGUGACAAAGAAAUUGAUAUGGCAAACCUUUUGACAGAGAAAAAACAAAUAGGUGAUGAGCUGAAAGUCCCUAAUGCAUUACUACUCCUUGGUCAAGCUGGCUGUGGUAAGACCUCCCUAUGUCAUUACAUUUUAAGAGACUGGUAUAGACAAGAUGAGAAACUUGCUGGGUUAAAACGUUUUGAUUUAGUAUUUCUUGUCGAGAUUCGUACAGUGAAAUCAAAAUGUCUGGAGGAUUAUCUUACACAGCAACGAAUUAAAGAAACGUGCAAAGAAUUUGAAGCUUGUGAUAUCAUUCCAGUGUUGAAGGAGCUAGACGUAUUGUUCAUCAUUGAUGGUUUUGACGAGGCAAAUAAAACAUCGAAGAAACUAGUGGAUGACAUCUUUAAGGAAUUUGGCAAUCAGCGGAUAUUGUUAACGACACGGAACGAAUACCACCACGACGCGAUCUUAGUGUCAAGGAAACAUUUUGUAGAUUAUCUUGUAGUUGAUAUUUGUGGUUUUGAUGAUGUCAGAUUUGAGGAAUUUACUGAAAAAGUUUUCAAAGCAGUUACUGGUAAUGAAAAUGAAUGCCAAAAUAUGGUUGGGGAAUUUAUGAAACAUGUUAAAGAAUGUGAAGUUCCUAGAGAGUACCUUCGACUACCACUUACACUUGCCCUCUUGAUUUAUCUCUGGAAUGAUAAUCAUGACAUACUAAAUUCAGUUACAAGUGCCACAAGCCUCUAUUCAGAACUCUUCAGGCUUUGUCAGAAGAAAUUGGAAGAACGUUUAUGUCCCAUUAAGCCAAAGAGCAGAGAAGUGAAGGAACUUUUGUUGUAUCUUGGUGAACAAGCUUGGUUCUUGUUAAAGUCAGAAUAUAUCUGUAUAAAUAAUGAAAUAGUGACCAAAAUUAAGAAAAAAUGUCAAAAUGAGGAUGUUGAUGAAAUCCAAUUUAUGUCUGCAUUUCUUGUGUGUGAAUAUGAUGAAGAUGCAGACACAAACGAAUACUUGUAUAACUUUCUACACAAGACUCAGAUGGAAUACCUUGCUGCCGGGUAUUUGGUUAAUCUCGUGAAGAAAGGGAAAAGCCUUGAUGAUAUUAAAAGGGAAGUUAGUGAUUGGCAGAGAUAUCAUGAAAUACUCAUAUUUCUAACUGGUCACCUGGCAAAAGAAGAGAUCUUGCAGUAUAAUUUGCAAAGUACAUUUAAAAUACUGGAUGAAGCACAUCCUGGUUCUGGCAACUAUAACUUCUGGUGGAAAAUAUUUGUAGAGGCAUGCCGCCUUGAGAGUGUAGGCAAUAUUAUUGUUGAAUACAAGUUGCUCACAAAACACUGGCAGUUGGAUCACCAGCAUGUUGUGUCGGGACUGAAAUUUCUAAACUUCACCCGAGUGCAACUGAAGUCUCUUAAAAUUGAGAUGCCAAAUAGUGUUAAUCCUUAUGAGGUUCCAGAUUUCUUUGAUACAUUUACUAAAACUCGAUGGAAACUAAGAGGCCGCCACGACAAACGGAAUCCCAUCCUUGUUGAGUUACACUUUUGGUGUCAUAAUGAGUAUAAUUGUGAGAAGCCAUCUGAUGACUUUCUUCAUGCCCUUUAUCCAUGGGGACACCUCAUAAAUUUUACUGGCUCUCUUGGAAAACAGGAGAUGGACAAGGAAGUCUUGUCCUAUUGCUUUAACUUAAAAACUAUUCGUGUCAGGGUAAAUACUCCUAAUGCUCUCGUUUCUCUGACGAAUAGCUUGUUAAGAAUAUAUAAAACUGUGAGGCAACUACGGAUCACCCUUGCCUUCUCCACGGACUGUGACCCAACAACCCUGGCACCUGUAGAGUUUAAAGGCAACUUGGAACUCACUAUCCCAGGCAUAGGAGAUAGGCAUUUGACUUGGUUGGAAGCAGCAAUCAAGCAAGUUGGUGGACGUAUGGGAUGUAAACACCUCUUUCUGCUAAAGAGUCAAAUUACCUUCAGCGGAAUAAAUUGGCUUACUGAUAGGUUGAGAAGCACUGGCCUUGCCAAAAUUUCUGUAAAAAGUGAUUAUUUUCUUCAAGAUAUUGAAGCAAAUGGACUAGAACAGAUAGAAAGGGAGACCUGCAUAACAGUCUUGUGGCUUGACUAAACCUGCACAUGAAAUGUCUCUGUUCUAAAAUACAGUGGUCCCUCGGUUAACGAACAGUUCGGUUAACGAAUUGCCUUCCAUAAGAAUCUUCGAUUUGGUUAACGAACAAAAAUUCUUUUAACGAAAUCCUUACGAACAUCACGUUUUGUUGU